AAUGGCUGGAAGGAAUGGAAUGGACGGAGGUGGGAAAAGCGCGAUACCGGUCGAAAGAGAAGCAUAGCGCGCACGUGAUUGGUGAGUUCACGCUUUUCUUUACUAUUACUAUUAGCUUCCAGGCCAGCAAGGCUUUGAUGCCAAUCCCGCCAUUCUCUAUGUCCGCCGCUCGUUUCCCGCCCGCCCCGCCGUCGUCGCCCGCCAUGAUGCGCCCUAAUGUCGUCGUCUUUCCUCCAGAGGAAGACCAGGAAGAGCCCUUUUGCUGUUACGACCCCGAUGAUCCCGUCGACCAUGACUCUAACAUCCUGGCCGAUGCUCUCCACCGUCUUCCCCCCUCCCAUAACACUGCCGAGUUCCUCCUUGAUGACCUUGAUAUCGACAUUCUCGUUGAUAAUGACCCUGCAGACGACUCAGAGAUAUACCAAGUCAUCCGUGUCAGCCGUCACCAUUCGUGCAGCCCAGCCUCACCUCUGUCGUCUUCCGAGCUGCCCCAGCAGAAACGGUCCACCACGUCCUUCUUCAAAGCAGUCAAGGCUUUAAUACGUCCCAAGGCUCAACCGGUGCUCCCCCCUCCCCUGCGUGUGCGGCAGAGCAAUUCGUCAUUAUACAACAAGUUCCCUCAUCCAGAUGAUGAGGAAAAGGAGGAUGUUGAUCUCCGGGCACCGUCACCUUCACCGACAACCCGUUCAUAUAUGACCCGACACUUCAGCAUGCUGAAAAUUUUUUCUUCCUCUUCCCCCAGUCUGCCUUCCAUGUCCCGCACUUCAGAUUCAUCCUCAUCUUCGUCGUCUGGACCAGACACCCCAGUUGAUACUGAGCCCAUGAAGAUUACCUCCAUAUUCAGCUUGCACAGAUUCCCAUCCUUCCGGAGGGAGAAGAGCAGUGCAAAAAGUAGGGUGAAGGAAAGUGUGUUGGUGCCGCAAAUCUAUCAGCCGCCACCAGCGCCUUCCCCAAUGCUUGACGCUGAUACCAGCAUCGAGAUGCAAUUAGAUUCGCUACAUUUUGACGACCUAUCCUUUGACCCCAGCCGAUUUUGAUAUAGAUUAUCCUUGCAUUUCUUUUCGCUUUCUUAUGUAUGAUUUAAGUUCAUGACUUGUUACAUACAUGCCAUUAUUCCUACUAUUAGUACUUUUCAGACAGAACUGGCACGCAAUCCGUUAGCUACAUUCUUUUUUUGAAGUCAAGUUGUGACUUACUUAAUGUCACCAAGGAUGUCCAACCAGUGAACGGAUGACUCCGCCUUCCCUCACCUGUCA